AAGAAAAUUAUAAGUCUUUUGCUUUUUAUCUGUUGAAUAAUAUUGGAAAAAUAGAUUUCUUAUUUUUAAAAUUACAUUAUUAAAUUUUUAAAUAUACCAAAAAAUGUCUUGAUUUUUAUAACAUAGUUCUUCUAUUAAUUAAAUAUGUGUACAUACGAGUAAAUAAAAAACACAUAAUACACAGAUAUAUAUAAGUAAAUAAAUAUAAUAAGUAUUUAAUCUAUAUUAUCCACGCGUCCAUUUGUUACACAUACGUACAAUGUAUACAAGAAUUUAAUUUUUUAAAUUAGUUCACCUUCAUAAAUUUAAUAAAAAAUCUUUCGUGAAAAUGUAUAUUCCAAAAAUUUGAAAUUCCAUUUUAUUUUAUUUUUUGUUUUAAAUUUUAUAGAAAAUUGUAUUUUUAAAUUUUUGACUAAAACGCUGCACACCAGCAUAGUUUUACUCAGUUACUCAUUCACAAACAUACACAGGAAUAUCUACAAUUUUAUUUACGAUAAAAAUUCAAAUUUAGAUGAAAUAAUUCAAAUUGUAAAUGAGUUUUUCUGUGUACAUAAAUUUCAUAAAAAUAUUUAGGUUACUUAACUACAAAUAUAAAUAGCUAGACAACAAUAGAUACCGAGAAUGUUAUGUUAUGGUGUCAUCAGAAAUUGAUGUUAUAAUUUUUUAAUUCAAAUUAUAAGAUACUAUUAAUUGCAGAUAGAUAAUUUCUUUUCAAGAAAAUGGUUUUUUGUUCUUUUUAAAUUGAAUUAUUCAGAUUAUUGUAAUAGAAUUAUGUUUAUAUAUUUAUAAUAUACGUACUAUGUAUUUAGUAUAUACAUAUAUACAUAUACAUAGGUACGCAUAAUAUCUUUAACAGUAAAUUUUAACUACAAUCAAUAAUCUUUACGAGUGUGUAUCUAUAAUAUAUAUAAGUAUAAAGUAUAUAUUUAAAUGCACCUGUAUGGUGGUACACUGGUACCGUUUACCGUAAUAAGAAGAUGGCGAUAGUAUGAUGUCAGUGGGUGCUAGUAUAAGUGUAUAUAAUGGCAGCUUCAAAGACAAUUGAUAAUUUUAAUUAUGAGCGAGACCUUUUCUGCACGGAUUGACGUGAAUAAUUAUUUAUAUCGUUAUGUAUAGAUAUGGAUACUUUCAUCCAGGCUCUGAGCACGCCUUCGAUACAUAUGCGAUGAAAAAUGGUGAAAAUGAAGGCAGAAUCGAUCGAUACUAAGAAACCAACGAAUCGUGGUGUAUCAAUUAUGAAAGAAAAUAUGCAUAAUGAUGAUUAUGGCGUUGAGGCAGAAUUGACAAGUCUUUCAUGGCUACAAUCGCUUGACAUUACAAGUGCUUCUAGUUUGCCAACACCACCCUGUUCUCCGUCUCCACCUCCUGUAACGCGACAGCCAAGAAAAAAACUUUCACCCCUAAUUAAGGCCGAAUUAGAUCUAGCUGCAAAUGCCGAGAAAUAUCGAACUGAUCCUGACGCAAAACCGCCAUUUUCGUAUGCGACGAUCAUUUGCUUGGCGAUGCGUGCAAAUAAUAACAAAGUGUCCCUUUCAAAUAUAUAUGCAUGGAUUCGAGAAAACUUCUUAUUUUACAAAUAUGCUGAUCCAGCUUGGCAGAACUCAAUUCGACACAAUCUAUCAUUGAAUAAGUGUUUUGUCAAGUUACCACGUUCAAAGGAUGAACCAGGCAAAGGUGGUUUCUGGAAAUUAGAUUUGGAAAGAAUGGAAGAAGGUAGAAAAUCGAAGCGACGCGCAACAAUGUCUCAACGAAUUCGUGGAUCAAAGAAGCUAACAGCUGCAAAGACGAUGGUAACGAACAAUAUUCAAAGCAAUGGCGCCCCAUCGAUCAACUGUCCGUCAACGUUAUACGAGACACCGCCCAGUAGCGUAUCUCCUCCAAUUCCAGACUGUCUCUCAGAAAUUCCUGAUUCUACCCAAGUUAGUUUAAGCGAAGAUGAUCUCACUGGUUUGUUAAUUGCUACUGCUGGUUGGGAUGAGAAUCAGUUGGAUCUCUUAGAUUCCCUUCUUGAUACUCUUUAAAAGAUUGGCCGGUUAAAGCCUUUUGUACACAAAUUCUGACAUUUAUAUUUAACUUUCUUAACUACUCGUUAUCCUAAAAAUUUAUAGAUACGUUUACAAUCUUUUUCAUGAAUAUGAAACAAAUUUAAGUAAGUGGUUUCAGUUUCUAAACAUUCGAUACGUGAUUCAAACGAUUAUACAUACUUACGCAUCCAGUAGAUACUUGAAUGUUUUAAAAGAUGUUAUAAAUAUUUUCAUUUUGAAUAUUAACCGACAGUGAGAGAUACUUAAGACGAAUAAGAAACUAUUAUUUUGCCCAGUAUUACUCUAUUUAAGUUUAUUGUACCUACGUACGUGAUGUCGAUCGACGAUAAAUUUCUGAAAGGGCAGAAAAAUUGUGUAUAUAAAAUGUAUUUCAGUUAUUUUACAUUAAUUUAAAAAAUAAUAUUUAUUUAUUCACAACAAUAAUUAUCACCGUUGAAAUAUUUGUUAAUACGAAAAUAUGGUUUGUGCUUAUUACUUGACUGAAUACAUACAUAUAUCUAUUAGACGACAAAUUCUACAAUAAAUUGAUAGUUAAUAAUACUGUGUAUGAAAAAUAAUUAUAAUAUAUUUGUAACACAGUAAUUUGCAGUGUGCCUUCGAAUAAAGAAUAAAUAUUUAUAGUAUCAUACAUUUGCCAAGUCGAUUAAUUCGUGUAGAGUAUGUUUCGUAUUCCUGCUUCAAAAUAAUAAAAUACAAAGUGCCUUAUAAAUACAUAAAUAUUGCCAGUAAACGAAUUAUACUUCGAUUUUGAUCUCUUCAAAGCAAUUUUCUUGCGUCAGUAAAAGAACUAAAGGAAUGUUAUUCUGGGAAAUUAGAAUGUAAUAAUCAACACUUCGAUCAUAAUUCAUUUACUAGUAUUUUGGAACAAUAAAAACAAAUAUACCUACCUACUUACUACAUAUAUGAAAUAAUCAAAUGGCAGAAUAUGUAGAUAUAAAAUUCCAAAACAAAUUGUGCGCGAUAAUGAAUUAAUGAUAAUGAAAAGUAACAAAAAGUUGUCUACGAUUUGUAAUACUUUUCUACAUCGUCAUAAUUGUGCAAGACUAUAUCUAGAUACAUAGCUACGUAGGGUAAGUGCUGCUAAUAUCGCGUAGUCCGUAAUAUGUUGAAGAAAGAAAGAAAUCGUUAGAAAUCAGCAACGGAAGUUAUAGUCAAACAUGUACAAAAUAUUUUAUGUAUACUAUACAUAGAUGUACAGUUUCUCGUACUUAUAUUCAUGUGCCCUUUAAAACAAAAAAAGUAACUUUUUUAAAAUUAGAUUAAACGAUUUGAGUUUUUCGACAAGUUGGAUGAAUUAGUUUCCUAAUUAGAUUAAUUUCCCUGUAAUGAAAAUUUAAGAAAUACAUUUUGUAGAUUUGUCAGUUAUAUUACAUGCUGAAAAUUCCAUCGAAAUCGAUUAACGCUGCUGUUAGUUACAAACGGUUAAAAAUGAUGAAAAUUGCAGUUUUUCACGAUAUUGGGCCUAUACGUUACAACUGUAAUAAAUCUAAAGAUUCUUACAUCUUUCGAUGCUUAUCGUUUGUUUUCGCAACAAGCGAUAUCGGUGAAAUUUUCAGCAUGUAGUAUACCUGUAACUGACAUAAAUCUGCAAACCGUAUUUUUUUAAUUUUGAUUACAGGCUCAGAUAAAAAGGUUGCAAAAAGGAAUCUCUAUAACUAUAAUUUUCUUCGCGAUUCCGAUUAAUUAUAAUUCUUUCAAAAAUUUUUUACACGUCAUUUAGUAAAUUACUUCAUCUAACUUCUAAAAAGGCUCAGCCUCCAAGUUUUAAAGAGUAGACGAAUAGGAUAAGUGUGAGUAGGUGCCUAAUGUCUCUUUCGUUUCAGACUAAUUUGAUAUAAAAAUGCCUCUUACCCUUUGAGAACGACUUGAAAUUUACUAGAUGCACUUAUCAUAUACAAUCUAUUAUCAUAAAAACUUAAUACUAAAAGAUUUUUUAUAUAAAAUCCUGAUAUUGUCAUGAAAUAUGAUAAUUCUUUAAUUAGGUUAACCAAUCGAUAUUUUCUACAAAUGAUUUCUAUCAGAUCGGAUAUCGAAUGGCAAUUAUUUAUUGAUCAUAAAUAAUGAAAGACAAAUAACGGAAGAAUUAACUAUACGCGAUUCAAAUGGUGAUUAAUUGAUUAUAUUAAAUAUUUCUGUAUCUGAUUUAAAUUAAAAUUAAUUUCCGUCCAGACAUUGUUUGCAACAUUUUAUAAAAUAAAAUAUUUUUAUGCGCACUA